CUCUCCUUCAGCCACUCAAGUUUCCGGUUCAUCGUCAGUGUGUUAUUCCGGUGAGCUCCCAGAUACGCAGACAUGCCACUCGCAAAGGAUCUAUUGCACCCCAGCGUCGAGGAGGAGAAGAGGACACACAAGAAAAAACGUCUUGUGCAGUGUCCUAACUCCUACUUCAUGGAUGUCAAAUGUCCAGGCUGCUACAAGAUCACCACGGUGUUCAGCCAUGCACAGACUGUAGUACUGUGUGUCGGCUGUUCCACAGUCCUCUGUCAGCCUACAGGAGGCAAAGCACGACUUACAGAAGGAUGCUCAUUUAGAAGGAAACAGCACUAGUAUGACUGGAGGUGGUCAGAAACAGUUGAGAAAGAAUGGACGGAGCAACACUGCCAUGGAGCUGAUGCAGCACUGAGGAAAUGGAGGGCGUGAAAUACAAAUCAUGUAAUAUAAGAGGCCUAUCAACAGAAUAUGCACAGAGGAGUAAUCGGCAUUGAUGAGAUCCCAUCAACAACUCAUAUCCAUUAAUUAGUUUCUCUUAAUAAACAUAGUUUGUUUAUGUUAAAAUAAUAUUGCAAGUUGGUCAUCCAGUUUGUUCUUUUGUUUUUUCUCAUGAAACUCUCAGAUGUCAUCCGUCUGUUAGAAGGCACUUGUAUACUCAGGACCCUUAAAAAAUGUGCUGGAAUAGAUCAGGGGAUUUAAGUGCUCUGGCACUUAUUGAAGCUGACUAACGCGUGGCUUUAAGUGUCAUUUUCGUAAGCACUUGUUGUAGAAAAGUUCUAUGCAUUGAGACACACUUCAGCUAAAAAUCACCUUAAAGAAACUACUUUACUACAGGUUUUACAAUUUUGAAGGUGCACUUUACCUAAUGCAUAAUGAUGUGUGUUCAUUUGGUAAUAUUCCAAACAGUACCGUAAUACAUAAUGUAUACCUGCCAAAUUAAUGAAAAAGUGAAGUCAACAUUUUAUUCUAGUAUGAGAGUUUUUACAGCGGUGCCUGCCUGCUCUAAAGCCAUUUGUGUUGGUGUAGGGCUGUUCUUUGUCUAAGGGUGGUUUCAUGGAGAAUCAUCGUCUGCUCUGGUUGAUGCUUUUGGACAGAAACCCAGUACACAGUGAUGCGUCACUGAAAGACACCAUAUUGGAUAUUUUGGUUGCGAUUUUACACAUGCUUGCUAUCUUCUUGAUAAAAUGCUAAAAGUAUUUCUUCUGCCGUUGCAAUAAAAACAAACAAAGUCUUUGGCAGAGAAAAACAGCAUGAUAUAAAACAUAGAUCAUAUUUGUGCCCUUCAGUGUAAUCACAGCUUUUGUUUUUGGUUGUGAGCAUGUAGGGUGUUUGCACAGUCUUUUAAUGUGAAAGCAAUUAUCAGUAUACUGAAUAUAGAAAUAAAAUCUUGGGGAGGAAUGAAUGAUAA